ACUGCCUUUCCUAUGUAUUAUAUUAUUUUUAAAAAUUAUUCGUCAUGAUAAUAAACAUUCAUGCACACAUUACAGAUUCACAUUGGGCGAAACGAGUGGAUGAGUGAAAUCCACUAUAAUAGAGUGUUGAACUCGUCGAAAACUCCUCGCCAAUUUGCAAGUAAUAUUAUUCUUGCUAAUUUCGACGAUGAAUUGCUCCUGACUAGCACCGUUACAGCUACUGCACGACGCGGUAAAAAAAAGAAAUGCAAUAAACUGGAUGAAAAGAAAUUGAGAACUUGUGAAGAUGCAUACAAGCAUUGGAUAAACAACGUGUACAAAACCAAAUUUGCCGAUACUCUUGACAAAGAUAAUUCUAUGAGAGAAAUGUCUAAAUUUUAUUAUGUGGGAAAAAACUUGCUGAUUUAAAGAAAAUAUGUGAAGAUACCGAUGAAGAUCAAUUAAUUGAUGAAGGAAGCGAGGACAUUGUUGAUGAUUCACAGAUAAACAAUGAAAAUACGAGGCCAAAAAAUAGUGAUAACAAGAAAAAGAAGUACAUAAACAGAAAAACAAGAAACAGUAAAAUCACUCAAGAGACUAAUGAACAAAGCAAAAAAAAUGCAAAUAUUGUUGACGAAGAUGUUCGUUUUUAUAAUUAUUCACCUGAAAUGUUUUAAUUUUCACAAUUAAAACAUUUUGAGUAAAAAACAGAAGUUUUAUUUAUAAAAUUAAACCAUUUCAGGUGAAAAACCGAAAUUUCAUUUAUUAUUUGGUGAAAAACACAAGUUUCAUUUAUAAAAUUAAAAAGUAAAAAAUAGAAGUUUUGUUUAUUUUAUAAUAUUUUAAUUUUACAUAUAUUUUAUAAGCGAUAAUAAUAGAUAUAAAUAUAUAUAUGAAAUUUGUUUAUUACCAUGUUAUUAUUGAAUCUCAUAUACAUUUGGAGGUGUGCAUAAAUAUCUAGAAUAUCCUACAUCUACAUAAAUAAUCUUGCUUUUUACAUCACUUAUUGGAACUAUUGAGCUAUGUACAUAAUCUUCUGAUUCUAUCUUAUCCAUGAUACAUGUACGAACGGUUGGAAUUGAUUGUAAUUUUUGAUAUUUGAAUGUGACAUUUAUUAUUUAAGAGAGUGUUGUGUAAUAUUUGUUCAUAUUCACCUGAAUGCAACUGAACCAUUGUAUCGCUCGUCUUUCGUGCUUUACGAUAUUUCUGACUGUGAAAUACGACACUUAUUCUAUAUAUAUUUCUGUUUUUAAAUUUAUAAAUUGUUUAAGUGUAAUGCAUAAUAUAAAAAUUUUUACAAAUUUUAAUGUAGUUGCAUUAAGACUUCUAAAUACUCUCAGUGACCAUCACAUUUAGGAAUCCUGACAUUAGUAGCGAGAAAUAAUGCGCUGAGACGCUAAGAAUUCUUGCGUGCUAUUUUCAAAUAAAAAGCUAUUUUGAUAAAAUGACAUUGUAAAUUAUUAUAACAAAUUUGUAAAAUUGUUCUAAAACUAUUUUUUUCUUGACGGUUUAUGAACUGCCAAAAAAGCAUAGCUUUUGGACAAUUUUACAAAUUUUUUAACGUGAUUUAUAGUGUUGUCAUCAAAAUAUCUCUUUAUUUAAAAAUGGCACACAAGAUUUGUCAGCGUCUCAGCGUGUCAUAUCGCAUAAAAAUUCGAUUUAAUUAUAAUUUAUAAAAUCCUGUAAUUUCGGAUUGAAAUGGAUUUAUCCCAAUAUUAAUCCGUCCGAAUUAUGCUAAUUCCGAUCUGAUUUUUAAUCGGUCUUAAUACCGUAUUUUCGGUGCAGAAGUUCCGAUCGAUUUGGAUUACUUUUUUUUUUAAUCGGUUUUAAUCGCAUAUUUUCGGCAGGGUAAUAUAUUGCUGACUUUCAAUUUCCAAAUAACAUCUAUUAAAUAGUUUUUUCAGUUUAACAAGAUCUUCACGAGAACAAGAUUUUAUCAGUUGUAGACCUUGUAAUUCCAUAUCUCUAAUAACUAGUUGUUGCAAUGGCCGAUGUAUGGAACGUAAGUGAUUUUUUUAUAACGCCCAAAAAAUUUUCGUAAAGAAAUGCAUUCCACGAGUCUAAUGUAUCUCUAUUAUAACAUUCUUCAGAUAGAUGGAUGAGUGAAUGAACAUUAUAAACCACAAAUUCACGUCCAAAUAAAUGAAUUGAUCGAUUUAUAAGUUGUCUUAACAUGUGAUCAACAACCUUAUUCAUUUCUUGAAAAAAAUCGUGUCUACACAAGUUGUAAAUUGCACAAUGAAGAAGAAAACACUGGAAGAUAUUUAGUAGAUACAUAAUCCUUCAAAACAUAAAUGCCAUCAUAUAAGAUAAAUCUUCUCAAUUCAAAACA